CUUUUUACAAUUUUUUUGUCGUUGGACUGAUAUAUAAAUUGCUUUUCUUUCAAAAAUGAAAAUUUUCUACGGGUUGGCUGUGGCCUUAUUUCUUUUUGAAGGAAUUAUAAUCCAAUGUGAAGGUGCGAAUGAGUUUAGAGAUGCGCCGGUCAUUGAUGAACAAUAUUUACCUGAUCAUUUAAUUGGAGAGAUUCUCUCCAAGGCUGGAUUAAAUGUAACGAAGGAAAUGGCACAAGCACAAAUGAAAGUCGCCGGAGAUGCAAUCAGAAGAGUAUUUGAAACGCGCAUAAUAGCGAUUCAGGAAUAUCCGGAUAUGGCUGAAACCAUUGAGGUUUAUGACGGUGAACAAAUUCUCCUAAUCAGGAACCAUACUAAACUUAUGUCACUUUUUGAACAAUUUGGCAGCCAUGCAAGAAGAAUUCACAUAAGUUAUGAAUCCAUGGAUAAGGAACGGCGGCGUGAAAUUAAUGAAAAAAUUAUGAAAAGAUGUGCAAACCAAUUAACAGAACUUCAAAUUCUGACUAGAGAUGAUACAGGCAUUUGGGAAGAGAUGUCAAAUGGCAAACGCGAUAUUCGUUUUCCAAAAGUGGAACAUUUUAUUUUCCUGGGUUCAAGCAAAAGAAACAAAUUUGAUUUGAAUGCAAUCUUUCCCAGGCUCAAAUUUUUCUCGUUUCCCUUUGGCUCUGUAACUGACACAAAUUGCUUGGCAAAUGUGAGGAAUCUGAAAGAAUUAAAGCUGUACAUUGAGUCAAUACAGGAGCAUCAGCUUGGAAAUAUCUUCGCAAAUAAUAAACAUAUAUCUAAGCUCACACUUAAAACACACAUAAGGAAGACCAUUAAAAGAGAAACUCUUCGUUCGAUUGAAAGCUUGAAAAAUUUAAAAACACUCGAAAUUAAUAAAGUGAGCCCUGACUUUUUUAAUCGAGCAUCUAAUCGUGUAUACAAUCUUACUUCAGUGACCACAUUUGUGACUAUGUGCCGUGAACCAAUCAAACUAAAUAGAGAUUUUUCAUUUGACAUGCCAAACCUAAAACAUCUCAGAUUGUGUGGGACGAACUCUGAUAAUCGUACAUCUGAUCUUAUCAAUCAUUUCAAGAGCUUAGAAACUGUACUACUGUUUGGCGAUUGCGAAUUUAAUGUCAUUGAGUGUAUUGAAUCUCUGAAAUACGUUAAAGAAUUUACUACUUCAACUUACUUCAACAUAGGCCAAAUUUCAUUAUUUCGAAAAUUGUUCGAAAAUUUUGAUACAACAAAGUCGAAUUUGAACAAACUAGUAAUUGAUAUUGAUGAAACAGAAUCAGAAUACUUCCUGUGGGAAGAUGCAAUGCGUGAAAUCAACAAUAAAUUAAAAGAAUCAAAUAAACCAACAUGGACACUUUCUCAUGGAAUUUGGGAAGAAUUUAGAAAAAAUCACUUGGAGUUUAAACGUAAUACGUGAAUUUAGUGGGAUUUCGUCAAAUAAAGUUUUUUUUUAAAAUGCAAGCAUAGCGAGAAAUCACUGCAAAUUUAAAUAACACAAGAAUGUUUCGAUAUUUAUAAAUUAAAAUGUACUAGCGUUAAAUGUUCUAACUGUAUGAUUAUGAUACACAAUCAAUUUACAGAAAUAAAAUGUUUCACUGAACAUACGAUAA